UUGGAUCGGUCCUCCCAAUUUGUUUUUUAAAGUAGUUUUCCCCUGGCAGGAUAGUUUCACGCUUGCGUAAGAAGACACCGGAAGUGUUGCUGUUCAAUCUCAGCUGGUUGAAACGACAACUGCUGGGAUUGUGUUUUUUUGUAACUAUCAUUUGUGCUACGUUCUGCUAUGGCGGAGGCAGACUUGUACACAAUGUACAAGGGGGUCUUAGUGCCCACUCUCAUUCACCCUCCACAGAGUCUCAGGCGCUACGAAACGUUCGCUUUCCGACCAGAUGAUGUUCUCAUUGUAACGUACCCCAAGUCAGGUACGACGUGGAUGCAGGAGAUUGUUCCCCUCAUCAUGAGUGGAGGAGAUCCUGCUUCAGUGGAGACCCUCCAUAACUGGGACCGUGUUCCCUGGCUGGAAGAGGGUCGUAGUUGCAGUCUCAAUCUUGAUGACAGGCCGUCUCCACGCAUGUUUACAACACAUUUCCUGCACCAUAUGAUGCCACCGUCUUUCUUUGAAGUUAGGCCAAAGGUCAUCUAUGUCAUGAGGAACCCCAAAGAUGUAUUUACUUCAGCCUUCCAUUAUCAUCGGAUGGCCUCCUUCCUGGUUGACCCUGAGCCACAGAGCGACUUUCUUCACAAGUUUCUUCAUGGAAAAGUUAUGUUUGGCUCCUGGUUUGAGCACAUUAAGAGCUGGCUGAAUGACAGGGAGCGAAUAUUUUACAUCUCCUAUGAGGAGAUGAUCAAGGAUCUGGGGGACUCCGUGGCCAGAAUUGCUCUGUUCUUGGAGAAACCUCUGGACAAGGGUGUGAUCAAGAAGAUAGCAGAGCGGUGCGGGUUCGACAACAUGAAGAAGAACAACAUGUCCAACUACUCUGCAGUUCCCCAGGAAAUCAUGGACUGCACAAAGUCUGAAUUUCUCAGGAAAGGAAUAGCUGGAGACUGGAAAAACCAACUCACAGCAGCAGAAGCAGAGUACUUUGAUGCUGUUUACGAAGACAACAUGAAAGAUGUUGAUUACAAAUUUGCAUGGGCUUAAAAGCAAAUAACCUUUUUGUGGGCAAAGUGCCAUAUUUGAUACUACAUACUACGACUGUCGGAGGGGUUCAGCAGACCCACACACAGUAGAACUGUAUGAGAUAGAUAUAUUUCCCCUUAUGUGAUGUAUAUCUAUUUCACCUAGACAAAAUCACAAUAAUAAUGAAAAUAUAUAUGGUAUGUGGCUUUUUAGGGUAGGGUGUGUGCUUUCUUCAAGUAAUAAUAUAUACAAUCAAUUUAUUUUACUCUAACAUCACCUUGGGGUCAAAGUUGUCUGGUGCUACAUGACGAGACAAACUGGUACAAGCUUUAUCAAGGGGGCUGCUGGAGAAAAAAAUCCCAGGCCUGUGGGGAUAACGGGGAGACAAGAAAACAGAAAUAUGACAGCAUCUACUUAAAAUAUGGUUUUGCCACUUUAAAGCAUGCCAAUACAGUACAUCAAACCACUUGUGUGUUUGUUGUGUGUGUGGAGAAGUUCAUUGUUUUGUCAUUUUGGUUGAAAGUAUUAUUCCACAUGCAGUGCACUGCCAAAAAUGUUUAUAGAAAUCUAUAGAAUUUGAUCAGAACAUGACCAACAAAGAUAAGCAGCUGACAUAUUUUUUCCAAUAUGUUAAGUUUGCAGACGUACCCAUACUCACACAACGGCUUUGAAGACGUUGCUAUUCCCAUCCAAGGACUUAUUUGAAUUCACGUAAAAACACAAUGUGCCUUAUUAUUAUAUUAUUAUUAAAAUUGCAUGUGUUGCUGCAGAAUAUAGAUUUUGCAUAAUUAUUGCAUAUCAUUUCUUACACUAUGUCCACUGUAUCACAUUGGAUUUACAGUACAGUGUUUACUUAUUGCCCCUCCUCAGCCAGUUGCACUGAUUAUUACGUCUUACCUUAAACCUAGAACAA